UCCCUGCUGCACCCUCAGCUCCGUGCCUGACGGGGUCUCGUCUCACUUCACAGCAUGCCCCUGCCACGUGUGGUGGCUGGGAUCAGAACCUGCACAGCAGUGAAGGGAGACUGAGGCUGGGAAAGAGACACAUUGGUCACCCCGGCUUGGCCAUGGGCAUUGCAGCCAGAAAAGGCAGGGCAACAGCUUCCCCACUCACCAGCAGCCCCAUGGCCAUCACCACCACAGCUCAGCCAGGCUUCCUGGAUGGCUGGCUUAGCCGGAUCCCAUUACCCAAAUGGGCACUCAUUGCUGUGGCUGUGGCAGUGGCUGUUUUCCUCCUCCUCUUCCUCAUCUGCAUCAUCAGGUGCUGCUGUGGCAAGAAGAAGCACAAGAAGAAGGAAAGAGUCAGCUUGCAUGCUGUCAGCAGCUCCACCACGGCCAGCCUUGUCCAGCCUGAGAUGGAGGACCUGGAACGGGGCACGGAGCAGAUGGGUCGAGGAAAGCUGCAGUACUCCCUAGAGUACAACUUCCGCAUGCAGGAGCUGAAAGUUGGCGUGAAACAAGCAGCCGAGCUGAAGGCUAUGGACAGUGGAGGCACAUCCGAUCCAUAUGUGAUUGUCUACCUAACAUCUGAUGUGAAGAAGAAGUAUGAGACCAAGGUUUACCGCAAGACCUUGAACCCCAUCUUCAAUGAGAGCUUCACUUUCCAGGUAGCCCAAGUGGAGGUGCCUGAAUCCACACUGGUGAUGCAAAUCUAUGACUUCAACCGCUUUGCCAAGCAUGACAUCAUUGGCGAGGUCCGGCUGCCCCUGUCCAGUGUCAGCCUGCAGCACGUCAUUGAACAGUGGAGUGACCUGUCAGUGGCCAGUAAAGUGGAGGAAGAACAGCUGGGUGAGAUCUGCUUCUCGCUGCGCUAUGUACCCAGCACCAGCAAACUCACGGUGCUUAUCCUGGAAGCCAAGAAGCUGAAGCAGAUGGACUCCCAUGGGCUCUCAGAUCCUUUUGUCAAGGUGCAUCUCAUCCUGAACAGGAAGAAAUGGAAAAAGAAGAUGACAAGCGUGAAGAAAAACACCUUAAGCCCUUACUUCAAUGAGGUGUUUGUUUUUGAGGUGCCUUUCAAUCAGAUCCAGAACGUGGAUGUGGUCAUCUCCGUCUGGGACCAUGACAAAGUGACCAAGAAUGAGCCCAUUGGCAAACUCUUCCUGGGCUGCCGGGCCACAGGCAACCAGCUGCGGCACUGGUCUGACAUGCUGUCCAACCCGCGCCGGCCCCUUGCCCAGUGGCACAGUCUGCAGCCCCCCGAUGUUGUUGACAAAGCCCUGGGACUGAAGUCCCACCUCAAGCUGCCUCUGCACCACAGAUAGUGAGUGUCUCCUCCUCCACUCGGGAGGGAGGAUGGAGGGUUUGUGGAAGAGUCAGGGGCUUCUGUUCAGCAGCAUCUACACAUGUUGAUUCCAGCUCAGUGUCAGCAGAGAGGGGACUGGGAGUUCUUUUUGGCCAAGAGGUGAUCUGGAUGCUGGUGCAGCUCAUGCCGUGUGUAAUGCCUGGAGCACAGCAGCUUGGCACUCCACAGCAAAGGCUGGAUGAGGAGCAGAGGAUG